AUGCAUCCGCUUGUAAUAACAGAUAUAAGUGAGCUUAGUGCGCGAGAUAAAGCGCUCUGCAGACGAGCUGGGUAUGAUGGCGUGGAGCGUAUUUUGAGCGACUCUGUAGCAUCACUCGCUAAAAAUUUGAAUGCUACAGAGACCCAUGCAAGACACAUUCGAAUGACGGUAGAGCGAGCUGUUGCUCCUGUGCAAUGUUCUAUCUGGAAUUUGUUGGACGGUUUUGAAGAUUCUGUUGUUUUAGGAACUCCAGGAGAAGAUGAAGAAAGUAAAGAUGUAAGCUUUGGAAUGCAAUCUGUACGUGAAAACCAGCCCGGGGUUGUAUCAUCAGGUGUUCUUACGCUCGACGCGUGCUUGAAUGGUGGAUUUGCUCGAGGAAUGGUAUCAGAGGUUGUGGGCGAAAGCUCUGUUGGGAAAACUCAGCUCUGUUUGUAUGUGGCGGUCUGUACAGCGCUAGGGUUGCACACUACAAUGCACAGACCGGCAGCCCAUUCUGUCAUAAGUGGUGGAAGUGGAAGAACUGUGGCACUGAUAGCGACCAAAGGAAGAAGUGCUGCCCAGCAUAUGGUGAAUCGAAUGGCUGAAAUGGCUCGAGAGAUUCUAGGCGAAUGGUACGAAAAACAGGGUACCUACCCUGCAGACUAUAUACACAAUCGUGUGGAAGACGGUGUGAGACUGGUACUCGAGAACGUGUAUUUGGCGUGCGCCUUUACAUUUGACACAGCAGAGCAUCUGCUACGUUAUACUUUGCCUGGUCUUAUAACAAGAAAGAGACACACGUCGAAUCCUGUGGAGCUCGUCGUGGUAGACAGUAUACCACCUCUCCUUCAAGAGGAUUUUCAUGAAACAGCUCUUCCAGAAACAUCUGCAUCAUUUCACAGUGUUCGUGCCUUCAGACUGCAUGAAUUGGCGAGUUUGCUGAAAAGGCUAGCUGUCGGAACUAUAGCCGUCAUCGUCACGAAUCAUGUAAAUGAUGCAUUUGCCCAAGAUGCAGCCCUCGUGCAGCGAGCGCUUGCUGAUGAUGAGAUUCCAUGGUCUAAAGCGGAUCUCGAGAUACCAUAUCGUAAAUGGCAACAAACCAUUUCGUUUCCGUUGAAUUAUACCCUACAGGCGGCCCACUUUUCGGGGCUGCUUGCUUAUGUUCCGCGUAAAGAAAAUUGUGACAUAACCAUGACCACUUUUCUUGCUGAGCGGGAUUCAAAGGUGGCUCAACUAGGCCUAGUAUGGACAAAUUGCAUUAAUGCGCGAUUCCUGUUGACACAUGAUCGAAAUAAAAGCAGGAAUGACCAUGGAAUACGUCGUUUUCGAGUCGUAUUCUCGCCAUUGUGCACGGAGAGUAAUGGAGAAGUGUAUAUUAGAAUCACCCGCCAAGGUAUUCAAGCUUCUUUCAAGUAG